UGCCCAGUGGUUGGAUUAAAUCCAUCGGAAGCGCAUUUCACAAUGUCACUCACGGACGUUAAUCAGGACUUUAGCAAGUUUGAAUUCCCACGUGAAAUAUGGUGGAUUAUCUCAAAGUGGGAAGUCGUCCUCAAAGUCAUCACCUUCAUUCCCGUCAUUGCGUUCGGACUGAUCGGAAAUGCCUGCAUAAUCAGUAUCAUUUAUCGGAAUCGUGUUCUCAGGACACCAACAAAUAUCCUGAUAGCAAACAUGGCAGCUGCUGAUCUGGCAUUCCUCGCGAUCUGUCCAGCCAUGGUCAUGGUUAAGAACUUCUUCCAAAACUACGAGCUCGGAGAAAUAGGAUGCAAAACUGAGGGAUUUCUUCUAGGAGCCUUCCUGUUGACUGCUGUCAUGAACUUGGUUGCUGUGAGCUACGAUCGCCUCACGGCUAUUGUCCUUCCUCAGGAGGCCAGAUUGACCAUUAAAGGAGCAAGAAUUGUCCUGUGCCUCACCUGGCUAUUUGGCGUGUGUCUGUCUCUUCCCCUGUUGAUCUACCGUCAGUACAGAGUAAGAAUUUGGCUGAAUUUCGACGAGAAGUGGUGCACCGAGGACACUUCUGUCCUUCCAAUGUAUUGGCACGUUCUGAUAUCUGGUCUGGUUUGGCUUCCGCUCGGCGUUAUGCUGAUCUGCUAUUCAGCAAUCUUCUACAAACUCGAUCGCUACGAAGCAAAGGUGUUGAAGCGUGAAAACCCAAUCAGUGUUUCCUACAAAACCAAAGUGGCAAAGAUGCUCUUCAUCGUCCUGAUCACAUUUGUAAUCCUACGAGGACCAUUUACUGCUCUAGUUUUCAUAAGGUAUCAAUUGCUCAAGCAGUCUCAAAUGAAUCAAAUAUCCACCAGUUUCGAGAUUCUCUGGUACAUCGCGCAUUACUUGAUAUUCGUCAAUGCUGCUGUGAAUCCAAUCAUUUAUGGCUGGAAGAAUGAUAACUUUCGCAAAGCUUUCCGACAAACUCCAAUUGUGAGGAUUUUCUGCAAGUCUCCUCAGAAGAAGAAGAAGAAGCGGAAAACUCGCAGCAAAAGUAUUAAAGAUCAUCAGAAGAUCAACACUUGCGAGACGCGCGAAACUCGUCGCAAAUCCACCUUAUCUACGAUCUUCAGGCCCUUUGUUGUCCGCGUCGACGAAGAUACGGACAACACGAAAGUCGGCAUGCUGUCCACCAAGAUGGAGUUCUCAGAUUCUGGCUUCAUCGUCACAAACAUGAUCAUGAAUGAUGAUGAUGAUCGGGAGAAACCCAUUAAGAAAUCCAAUACGCUCAAUCCUGAGAACUUUAUAUGA